CAACGAAAAGGAUAACGAAAAGAAAAGACGGCCUCGAAAGGGUUGGUAGCUUAAAAUAGUUGUUGGCUAGGUUUUUUUACAGCAAACCAAACUUGAAGAACUCAAUAAUCAACAAAGAAGAAGAAGAGUGGGUAUUAUCUUUUAUACACAAUCAAGAAAUGGAUCCAAAAAACCAAAACCCCCAAGAACCAGAAUCACAAAUAACAGAAGAAGAAAAACCUACAUCAAAACUCACUCAUUCACUCUCAACAACAGCUUCAAUCACUCUAUCUCUCUCAACAAUCUUACCAACACCUCAUUUCCUCCUCCCACCAAAACCCAUUAACACCACCACCACUUCAUCAACCCUUCCCUACAAAGUCAAAAUCCCAUCUCAAAUCUCUUCACUGUCAACCCUUUCAUUAUUCUCGUCGUUCUCACCAUCAAAACAAACCCAUUUCACCAAAUCAACUACAAUCUCACCAACCCCACUUCAAAACCCACUUAUACAUAACCCGAAACGUUCUUCAGACCCUUCAAAUGGUGCCGCUAUUCGUCGCUCAUCGAUUGUUUGGUUCCGAAAUGAUCUUCGGGUUCAUGAUAACGAAGUCCUCAAUUCAGCAAACAAAGAGUCCAUGUCUGUAUUGCCCGUUUACUGUUUUGAUCCUAGAGAUUACGGGAAAUCCUCAUCAGGGUUCGAUAAAACGGGACCAUAUAGGGCUAAUUUCCUGAUUGAAUCUGUUUCUGAUUUGAGAAAGAGUCUUCAAUCAAGAGGAUCUGAUCUUGUUGUUAGAAUUGGGAACCCAGAGAAUGUAUUGGUUGAAUUGGCGAAAGCCAUUGGCGCUGAUGCGGUUUAUGCUCAUAGAGAAGUUGCACAUGAUGAAGUUAAAGCCGAGGAAAAGAUUGAAAAUGCAAUGAAAGAAGAAGGGGUGGAGGUUAAGUAUUUUUGGGGUAGUACAUUGUUUCAUCUUGAUGAUUUGCCAUUUAGUUUAGAAGAUAUGCCAUCGAAUUAUGGUGGGUUUAAAGAGAGAGUGAAAGGGUUAGAGAUUAGGAAUACUAUUGAAGUGUUGGAUGAUUUGAAAGGUAUGCCAUCCAGAGGAGAUGUGGAGGUUGGAGAAAUUCCUACAUUGUUGGAUUUGGGACUUAACCCAAAUUCUACAAGACCUCAGGAUGAAAGACCUGGUGCUAAUGCUUCUCUUGUGGGAGGAGAAACUGAAGCCCUUCAGAGGCUUCAAAAGUUUGCAGCCGAAUGCUUGUCCCAACCUAAGAAUGGGAACAAAGAUGGUAAACCAGAUAGCAUAUAUGGUGCAAAUUUCUCGUGUAAAAUCUCCCCAUGGCUAACCAUGGGGUGCCUUUCUCCCCGGUUUAUGUUUGAUGAGAUUAAGAAAUCUGCCUCUAGAACGAUUUCUAAUGUUACUGCUCGAAAAGACAACGGCACUGGGUCUCCUGGUGAUGGAAUGAACUGGUUGAUGUUUGAGUUAUUAUGGAGGGACUUCUUCAGAUUCAUCACCAAAAAGUACAGUACUACCCGGAAGAUCGUUGAUGGUGCUCCAACUCCAGUAACCGCUUGCACAGGUGCCCUUGCUUGAACAAAGACUUCCACCGAGUGUGAUGCUCUAAUCUGAUUUACAGUUAAAACGCUGCUAUCUUUCAAGCUUUAUGUGUAGCUGUUCAUUUGUAUGUCCUUUUCACUGUUUUGAAGAAGGUAAACUAUAGAUGGAGAAAUCUUUUGUAUGAUGUUUUAGAUUUCGCCAAUUUUGGCCUGAACUUGAUUAUGUUUGUAAAGCCCCAUAUGCAACCAAACUGUAUUGUAUUGUAAACUCAAACUCAUCUCAUUGCCGACACGUCCACGUCCAAUAAAUCUUGCAACACAGAUACUUCUCCUGA